AAUGGCAACGGCAGGCAAGCUAUUCCAAAUGGCAGAAGGUGGAGGGGUUGUACCCAUACCCACGUAGGGACCGAGGAUCUUAAUUAGUAUUUUGUUUCUAAGCAGCUGCUGGCAUGUCAGAGGCUUGGAAUUGGCAACAUUUAAAACUGCUGUAGUUACUGACCUCACCCAAGUUCCAAGGGCUCUUCUUCCUGAUCCUUUUUUUCCUGAGCCUCAGAGCUAAAAUGCUCUGGAGCACUAUGCUAUUGGCUGGAAAGACCAACUGAAGUUCCCUUGCCCAUGUUUGGAGGUGGACGCCUCCUGAACUAAAGAUAGAAACAGCUGGCCCUUCUAGGCAGCUAAAAGCCUCCAGACGAAGAGGUGUUCCCCACUCUGCAGCCAGACUCCUUGAAAUACCCUUUGAGUAAGCUCUACCAACGCCUCCAUGUCUCUGCUUUGCCAUAACAAAGGCUGUGGCCAACACUUUGACCCCAGUACCAAUCUCCCUGAUUCCUGUCUCUAUCACUCUGGGGUCCCUAUCUUUCAUGAUGCACUUAAGGGUUGGUCCUGCUGCCAAAAGCGAACUGUAGAUUUCUCUGAGUUCUUAAACAUCAAGGGCUGUACUGUGGGACCACACUGUGCUGAGAAGCUUCCUGAGGUCCCUCCUCAGCCUGCUGGCCCUGCCACAAGUUCACUUCAGGAGCAAAAACCUCUGAAUACAAUUCCUAAGUCAGCAGAGACCUUGCUCCGUGAAAGGCCUAAGUCAGAGAUGCCUCCCAAACUGCUACCCCUUAUUAUAUCUCAAGCCCUGGGAGUGGCGUUGGAGCAGAAGGAACUAGACCAGGGACCUGGAGCAGGACUUGACAGUAGUCUGAUCUGGACUGGUUCCAGCUGCCAGAACCCAGGAUGUGAUGCUGUUUACCAAGGCCCCGAGAGUGACGCUACACCAUGUACCUACCACCCAGGGGCACCUCGCUUUCAUGAGGGGAUGAAGUCUUGGAGCUGUUGUGGUAUCCAGACUCUGGAUUUUGGGGCAUUCCUGGCACAGCCCGGAUGCAGAGUUGGAAGACAUGAUUGGGCAAAGCAGCUACCAGCAUCUUGCCGCCAUGAUUGGCACCAGACAGAUUCCUUGGUAGUGCUGACUGUAUACGGCCAGAUUCCACUUCCUGCAUUCAACUGGGUGAAAGCCAGUCAAACUGAGCUUCAUGCCCACAUUGUCUUUGACGGUAACCGUGUGUUCCAAGCACAAAUGAAGCUCUGGGGGGUCAUAAACGUGGAACAGAGCUCUGUCUCUUUGAUGCCAUCACGGGUUGAAAUCUCCCUGGUCAAGGCUGACCCAGGAUCCUGGGCCCAGCUGGAGCACCCCGAUUCACUAGCUGAGAAGGCUAGGGCAGGGGUUCUGCUAGAGAUGGAUGAGGAAGAGCCUGAGGAUUCAGAUGAUGACCUGAGCUGGACAGAGGAGGAGGAGGAAGAGGAGGAAGAAGCUAUGAGGGAAUAGGAACAGUAGAUAGUUGUGUUUCUAGGUAGACCCUGGGUGACCUCCUUAGAAUCUCAGAGACCGUGUGGUAUCAUUGAGUAUCAGGAGGCUAAAGGAAGAGAAAACAAACAAAACUGUCCAAACUGUGCUGCUGUUCCCCUAAAUAAAUCUUAUAUUCUGCAGUUUCACAUAA